UACUUUUACCCGCCCUGCCUCGGUUUGUUAUGUUGAAUCUGGCGGGAGACGGUUUCGUAGUGUUUUCAGUGUUCCCAGCGCAGUAUUCCUUCACCUACAUAAUGUCUCCGUCUAAACAAAGUGUGUUUGUACCGGACACUCCAGAAGCAUCCCUGAAGAGAGAGAAGUUCAGAUUUAAUGCUGUCAUAGAGAAAUACAUUGCUUUGGCACAUGGACUUCCCCCUUCACCAAACAUUUCUUCCCAGCUCCAGAGAGAUCGUCCACCAACAACUCCUUUGGAGAAGCAACGUACAUCUACAGGGAAGACAACAAAGAAAAGCAAGGCAGUGGCACAGCCAUUAAGACAGUCACUUAAUAAUGUUCCCCACACCCCAUCAUUGUCCAUUGAAGAGGAGAUUGUUCAGGAGGUGGAGGAAUCCCUUUUGAAAAGAAAGGAAGAGCUGGGAUUACCUGCUGAUUAUGUUUGUAAGGAAGUGAUGAAAUAUAAUCCUAAAUGCUAUGGUCAUCACUCUGCCAGGAAAAAUACCACUCACAAUUCACCAACACCACCCAAGAGAAAUAAGGAAUCCAGUAGAUAUCUCAAAAAAAGUGAUGGAAAGAUGUUAGAGGAUGCAACACACAGCCAGAAACUAGUAUCACAAAGCCAAACCAAAACACUGAAGCAGAAGACAGAGGAAGUGAAUGAGUUGGACACUGAUGUCAUAUUGGGUUCACCUGAGUUGAAAAUGAAAAAAGUUACAAAGACGAGUGAAGAUUCAAGUAAGAAACUGGAGGUCAUUAAAAGCAAAUCACCAAACCAGAGAGCCAAGGAGAGAAGAAAAUACUUGAAUAUUGAUGCCAAACAGAUAUCUGGUGAUAAGACCAAGACACCCAGGAAAAAUACAAGAGGCAAAAAGUCAUCUGAUGAAAGGGAAAGGAAGAAUCAAUCAAUUAAGACAAAGUCGAUAGGGAAAGCCACAGCUGGAAACACAGAAAAAGAAGGCAAUGCAGCUAUGGCAUGUGACUUAAAGUUGGCUGAUAAAGGGAAGCCACUAAAAGAGGAGAGAUGUUCCAAGCUGUUGGAUGCUAUGAAGAAAGCAGCAUUUGUUGAAUUAAGCAAUGGUGCCCAAAUUGUGGAUAUGGUGCAGGAACAGAACCAUAUUUUCUGUCUGUUUGAUAACCUUGACAUUCUCCAUUUGAACAUAUCUCAAGAAAAUGAAGAGGCAUCUCAAACUGUAAGAAAUAAUGCAGGUACUAGCAGAACAAGCACAUCAUCAGAACACCAAAAUGGAAGAAUGCCUACUAAUGAAAAUAGAAAAGAGAUAGAAAAAGAACAAACUGUAAGAAGAGAGAUAGGCACAACAGCAUCAGGACAGCAAAGUGUAAUAGAGUGUGCCAAUAAAAAGAGAAUAAAGGCAAAAUCAGAACAGGUUGUAAGAAGCCAUCCUGCUAAAGAGAAAAUUAGCGAAUCAGAACUGCAAAUUGCAAACAAACACACACUCAAACAAAAGACAGUUACAGCACAGGAAAAACAAAAGACAAGAUUGCCUGUCAACAAAUAUGAACCACCAGUAGAACCACAAGAAUCUAAAAAGCACACAGUUACAGAGACAACAGGCAUACCAACAGUAACAUCAAUAACAGCAGCAGCACAGCAAAUUGUUAAAAUUAAAAAAAUUACAGUACCUGUGAAACAAAUCAGUAAAACAAAAGCAAUACAAGAUGAACAAACUAAUGGAAUACACAACAAUUUGCAAGAAAAAUCAGACACAGCACAACAAUCUUCAAGAACAUCAAACAACAAAAUAAAGGAGAAAAAAAAGCAACAAACUGUCCUACCACAAGACAUUUACCACAUAGGCAAAACUAAGGAUAACCAAAACCCAAAAACACACCCCAGUGAAUCGGAAAAUGUGGCACACAGGAAACCUCAUAGUACAGUAUCAUGUAUUAAGGAAAAAAGAGACACACAACAAGAACAACAGGUAAGAAAGCAAGGAACCAUGAAGAAAACCAAAGUACAUCAGUCAGCCUCUGAAGUUCAUAAAAAAGUACCAAAAAAAAGGAAAAUAGGAGUAAUGGCUAAAGGAUCUGAUUCUGCAAAGGUACUGGAGUCAGUUCCCAUCAGCCCUAAGUCUUGUGAUAUUCCUAAUACAGGUAUGGAGAUAUCAGAUGCACUUUCUCCCAGAAAUGCGUCCCAUUCCUCUGCUGAUUCAUCUGACCAACUCACCGGAAAUGGUCUGUCAAAGAAAAGAAAGUUUGACUAUUUAAGAUUCUUAGGUUCAGACGAUGAGGAUAGUGACUGGAGCACCAUCAGCCAUGAGGAUGAGAAUGAUAGCUUUGAAGAGCUCAAUGUGAAAAUGAAGAAGAAGAAGGGUUCUGAACUUUUCAACAAAAAAACAUCCAAGAGACCCAAUAAAUCCUCCCAAAAAGCUGAUGACGAUGAUGAAGACAUCAUCAUCUUGAAAUCGUUCUGGCCUCCACCUGCAAAUAAUGAAAACAAUUCAAAUAUUGCCAGUACUGCAAAUGAAAACCACAUUCAGACCAGUAAAUCUUCACAGAAGGAACCAUCACCGUUAAAAAACUUGAUGACGAAGAGAACCUUGGAACGACAUCAAAAGAACUCCUUUUCUGAGAGAGCUGCCAAGAGGCAGGUUGCAAGGUACCUGCAGCGGAAGAUGGAGGUAACAGCUACAGCAGAUCAGAGCACAGAAGAGGAGUUAAGAUUCCAUGAUACCUGGAGCCUCCUUUGUCCCCCACCUGUUCAGCAGAGUUUCUCCUACCUCACCUCCAGGACCAGGAUGACUCCUCAAGGAUCUCAGCUGAGGGCACCAUCAUCAAUCCACCACCAAGCCACUCCCACCACGGUGUCUAAGCCGUCACAGAGCUUUUGGGAGAUGCCCAAUAGUGACAAUGAGGCAGAUGAUGGGACCCCCACCACUACAGUGAUAUCUAAGAGCAUCAUGCAAAGAAGUGACACCACCUCGGCAUCACGUGUGACUUUUAAUAGAACAGGGUUGCCUGACUACCGUACUCUUGGACCAGAGCGUUGGAUAGCAGCUGUUAAGAAACUGCAGAAAAAGAAGAAAAUCUAACUGAGGCCUUUGUGUGUGGAAGAUAUUUUAUGAUAAAUAUUGUUUAUAUAAUGUGCUACAGACAAGCAGUUACAUCAAUCUUUAUUUUUUAUCCUUGUAACGCGGCAAUUUGAUUAGAUACGAAUUAGGUUAUUGUUGUGUACUUCCUUUUAUUAUGGAGAGUAUUUUUGUAUAUGUUUUAUAUAUGUAGAUAAUAUUUAUCUUCAUUAAAGACAGAUUUAUUUUACCAGUAAGAAAUAAAUUAUCAGUCUACA